AUGUAUCAUUCACCUUACCCAACACCUCUUGUUCCGUCGGAUGUUUCAGUUUCGCAGUUCCUCCUCAGCAGCAACCCAGAUGACGUUCCCCCAGAUCAGAAAAUCUUGAGCGAUUUCGACGACCAACAGCAGACUCCGACGCUUCAAGAGCUUCGGUUUAAUGCAGCACUAGAUGCCUCCACUUUCAUAUCACGGUUUGGGCUUCAAGAAGGAGAUGUGGUCUGCAUCUUCGCCCCGAACUCUAUUUCGUGGGUAGCUCUGGCUCACGCAACCUUGUGGGCUGGUGGAUGUUUCUGUGGCAUCAACUCCAUGGCAACUGCACAUGAGCUGACUCACUACUUUACUGUGGCUCAACCGAGCAUAAUCGCAGUCGACGACGAGCUGUUGCCCAGGGCCCUAGAAGCCUUGAAGCAACUGAAGUUAAGGACAACUCCAAGACUGCUCGUUGUUGGUGAUGAGAGCAAUGCUCGAAAGCAAGAAGACUACCCUAGAGUAUAA